GUUGUGUAGAUCCAUCAUGGAAGUAAAACAUGCUGCUCCACCUAAAAAUGAAAUUUCUCAGGUUAUUUCUGUCUGCGCCGAUUCAAGAACGCUCUGCCUCUGGGUCCUCGUAUUCCUCACGGGGCCGAACGAAUCAUCACGUGGAAGGAGAUGGAGUAGAGCAUCAUCAUGUGACAAGUUCUUGCUUCCACGACCACCAGACACUAGAUCAUGAUGAUGAUUCUCGACAGCUACCACUUUCACCUGCACCCGCUACCACUACCAGCAAAGCGAGGCAUUUUUUGAGUCCAUCAAUCAGACAAACCGACUCUGACCAAGACGAAAGUACAAAACCACGAUCACAGGAGUCUCUUGUUCAAGAACAGGUAGAAGAACGAGAGGCUGUUAUAAGAAUAAACGUCAAACGUCUAUCUGGUGAAGAUUUUCUAUCGCAGCCUUUGGAAGUCUCACCUAACUGGACCAUCGCAGAAUUACUCAUAAAACUGGAAAAGGAGAUUCGAUUCGAUGGGGAGGAUGCAGUAGCAUCUGUAGGUCGUUCAGAGUUGGGCCCGGUCAAUGGGCGGGGAUCAUCAAGUACGUCGUCGUGGUGGAUUGCAGGACGCCCAGAAGGAGCAGCAAGACGGAGACAAGAAGAUGGAAAAUCUCCAGACGUAGAGUCACCAACACAUGCACAGCCGUCGACAAGUGGUGCAUCUUCGUCUUCUUCAACAUCAGGCAAUAUUAUACAGAAAGAGGCGGAGCAUCAAAGAAAAAUAGCUAAUUAUCAUGCUAUGCCGCUCGUCUUGAGACUCUUCCACCAAAACAAGCUGCUUGGCUGCAUUGGCGGACCCGACAAGCUUCGGCGAGUUCUCAAAGGAGAGUGUGCGCCAGAGUUGGGCUGGAGGUCCCUGGCGUCGGUUCUAGGAACAGAACGUGGCUCAGGUAGCGAAUUCUUGAGCUCAUUUGAUCUCACAGGCGUCUUCGGACCACUCGAGUCCAUGUCAUGGAAAAGAGAACAACAAGCAAAUUUUCUACGCUCUUUGCUGGCUCCAUGGCGUCUCGAUUGGCGACGAGCCAGUACCACGAAAGACUGCGACAUCAGACCUCAGCUUGAGAAGCAGAUGAAAGGCAUUGCACGACGAGUGCUGACAGAAAUUCAUAGACUGCAUGUACUUUACACGCCAGCUUCAGAAGUUCAUCCAGCUAAUGAACAAGAACCUUCAUCUUCAUCAAGAUCAAGAACAGAAAAGGAAAACCCAAUUACAACUUCUUCACCACCUUCUGCUGUGGUGUCAGGAGCAGGGAAUUCAAGUAGUAGUAGAGGAGCAAUAUCUCCAUUGAUGGAAACCCUUUCGUCGAGGCGAAGGAUACAACCCACGUUCUGGGAAGCACUCCAUGGAAGGCGGGACCGCGAACCUGGCAUAGUACUAGAUGAUGCGUGUUUUUGUAAAGUCUUUGCCGGAGCCGGAGGUUACAGAGCACCUCACGCUCACGACGAGGAUGGAGGUACUAUCGAUUGGGCAAGUGGUCUCUGGCUUUUUCAGCGUGCUCUUUUAGAAUUAGGCGAUGCGGCUGAUGAACAGGAAACAAGGCGUGCUGAGGCUAAGAGGCAGAUGAUGUUGAAGGCUAUCGCGGAGGGGUCUUCGUAUUCUUCCUCCGGAUGGAACGGUCAUGAUGAUACUCAAGAUGAUCAUCUACAUCAAUUGUAUUACUCAACAUCCAGUACAGACAAACAUGAACAAGAACUACAAGCUGAACAUGAAGAUGAAUUGGCAACUUCUUUCACCUUUGAUGACGACGGCCAACCGCUUGGUAGGCACUUGCCUGGA